AUGCUGCCUUCGGUCCAGGCUGCCCCCAAGGGCGACGAAAUACAAUCUGGCUAUUGGAUUGAACUUGAUUGUUAUGUGGGCAAUGUUCAGAUUGACGGCCGCUUCGUCGACAGCGACCGCAGUCUCAAAUAUGACUGGCAGCUUACCCAGCAAAACUGUGUCAACAACUACAAGGGUCUUGCAAACUACGAUAACGGCAAAGGCCGAUGCAUCUCUAUUAGCCCCGAUGGGUUGAGUGGUAAAAACUGGUGGAACAAUUGCGUCAAGCAAGCUGCUAAUGGAUGGUACGACGUUGAUCCCGUAACCGGCAACGUUGUCGUCUCUCACGAUCCUUACAAAAGUAACUGGGCCGAGGGUCGUGGAUAUGGGUAUUCCGGUUAA